ACCCUCAGUCUUCGCACUCGUGACCCAUAGCUUCGGCUGAGCUCUCCCCGCGCCUCGGUAGCACCCCAGAAUCAGAGCAUGCAGGCAUGCAGAUCGCAAGCGAUCACUCGCAUAUUGAGCGUCUCAACUACACAUAUAUCUGCAUGUAGCUUGGUGACGACCUCUCUCUUGUUGAAUUUACUUCUACCACUCUCUCCGAACGCGACUUGGUGACGAUGACCACGACCAUCUUGCAGAGCCUCGCAGGCCUCACAAUUAUCCUGCUCGUGCGGUGGGCUGCCCAGAGGAGAGAGCAGAAGAGGAAAGGCUCGCAUCCGCCCGGCCCACCCGGUCUGCCACUACUCGGGAACCUACUCGACAUGCCAGACAACCCGUCUUGGACGACGUACAUACGCUGGAGCGAGGAGUACGACUCUGACAUCCUGCGUUUGAAUGUGCUUGGAAGCAACAUCAUCAUCGUGAACUCGCUGGAAGCAGCGAACGAUCUGCUGGACAAGAGGUCUGCGAUAUACUCUGACAGACCCGAGAUGCCUAUGUUAAACGACCUCUGCGAAUUCGGUUGGAACGUCGCCUUCCGGCGGUACGAUGACUCUUGGCGGAACGGACGGAGGGUGUUCCAGCACGAGCUCGGCCCCCAGGUCGUGAAGCGCUUCCGCAGUCUCGAAGAGCAGGCGUCGCAUCAGUUCUUGCGUAGUCUUCUCCGGGAACCCACGGCGUUCAUGAACCAUCUCCGGCACAUGGCCGGAUACGAGAUUAUGCGUAUCGCGUAUGGGAUUGAGGUCGCGGAUAGAGACGAUCCGUAUGUCGACACUGCGGAGCACGCUGUCGGCGCUGUUGUGGCAACUUGCAGUCCGGGGUCAUACCUGGUGAACAUUAUGCCGUUCUUGAAGCAUAUACCAGAAUGGUUCCCCGGUGCAAAGUUCCAACGUGACGCGAAAGUUUGGCGGAAAUACGUGACAGAGCUGCGCGAUAAGCCGUUCGGGGUCGUGAAAGAGCACAUGCGCCGGGGGGAUGCGCCUGACUGCGCUGCUAAAUUUUUGCUAGAAAGCCUUGAAUCCGGGGAUGACGCGGGGGAUUACACAGAGAAUGACAUCAAAUUUGCGUUGGGUUCAAUGUAUGCAGGAGGCUCGGACACCACCGUGUCGGCACUAGGAUCCUUCAUUUUAGGGGUAGUGCUGAACCCCGAAAUCCAGACCCAGGCACAGGAAGCAAUAGACCGAGUGUGUCCCGACCGCCUGCCCACGUUCGCUGACCAGGACGACCUGCCUUACAUCGACGCUAUCGUGAAGGAAUCACUCAGGUGGAACCCGGUGUUGCCCAUAGAUGUUGCACACUGCUCUAUCGCCGACGACGUCUAUCGUGGGUACUACAUCCCGAAGGGAUCUCUUGUGCUGGCCAACUCCUGGUGCGCGGCCAUUCUGCAUGACGAACAAGCCUAUCCAGAUCCCCUGCGCUUCAACCCGGACAGGUUCAUGAAGGAUGGCAAGCUCGACCCCUCUGUGCGCGAGCCCGACGCGGCAUUCGGUUUCGGGCGCAGGGUUUGCCCGGGACGGUAUUUGGCGUACGAAGCCAUAUGGAUCGCAGUCGCAUGCAUGCUCGCGGUCUUUAACCUGUCGAAGGCGAAGGAUGAACAUGGGAUGGAGAUCACGCCGAGUGGGGAGUAUAACGUCGGGUUCGCUUGCUACCCCAAGCCCUUCCCGUGUGACAUUCGCCCUCGCUCGUCAUUACACGAAGCUCUUAUUAGAGCAACGGCGGAUGAAUCGUGAACACUGGCAAUGCGGCAAGCCCGCCCUAGUGUUAUGCGAGCGUAGCAUUAGUCUGCUUCAAAACAAUGUCAGCAUGAUUUACACAACUCAUCCAACCUGCGCUAGCGUAUCCU